AUGACGACUGAGUGCCGCAUCCUGUUGCUGGUCAGGGUGCGGGGCGGCGCGAUGCUGGACGCGGAGCUGUACGCGGUGCACUGCGCGCCACAGCGGCUGGCGGCCUUGGAGGCGGUGGACGCCGUCUGGCCGCUGCUGCGUUGGCCGCAGGCGGAGGCAGUCCUGAGGGCGGGGCCCCUCCGCCGCAGGCUCACCGUGCUCGACCUGGGCUGCGGCCCGGGGGACACCACUGCCUGGGUGCUGGCGCCGCGCCUGCCGGAGCGCGUGCUGCUGGUGGGGGCGGACGCGCACCCUGGCUUCGUGCAGCACGCCCGCCUCCGCAACUCGCGCGCCGGCGUCUGCUACGAGCUGUUCGACGCCGACUCCUUCGAGGUGGAGCUGAGCCUGCUCUGGCGGUGCGCGCCCUUCGCCAUCGUCUUCUCCUUCCUGCUGCUGCACCGCGUCUGCAACAUCAGGCGUUCCCUUGGAAACAUUUAUAAGCUAAUGGCGCCCAGUGGAGAUGCUCUGUUCACGCUCAUUGCGCACACUCACCUCUACACGGUUUACUACCAGAUGGCGCAGGAAUCUGACUGGAAAGACUCGAUGCUGGUAAUAGAAAAAUUUGUUUAA